AUGUCUUCUUUCAUGGCCUCUUCUUCAUCCUCUUCUUCUUUCACCCGUCGAUGGCCUUACGAUGUAUUUUUGAGCUUUUUCAGAGGCCAAGAUAACUGCAACAAUUUUACUGCUCAUCUAUUCAAAGCUUUGUGUGAAGCGAGAAUCUAUACCUACAUGGAUGACAAACUUAGAGAAGGAGAGGGAAUUUCACCAGAAUUUCUCAAAGCCAUUAAAGAGUCAAGGACUUCCAUCGUUGUACUCUCUACAAACUAUGCAUCGUCCACGUGGUGCUUGGAGGAGUUGGUGAAGAUCCUUGAGUGUAGAGAAACAAAGCAACAAAUCGUUCUACCUGUGUUUUAUAAAGUAAAUCCAUCAGACGUACGACAUCAAAUAAAGAGUUUUGGCGAAACAUUAGCUAAACAUGAACACGGAUUCAACAAGGAUACUUUGCAUAGCUGGAAGGCAUCCCUGAAUAAAGUGGCCAAUUUGUCAGGAUGGCAUUUGAAGAACAGACGCAUGGUAGGAAUCUUUGGAAUUGGUGGAAUUGGUAAGACAACGAUGGCUAGAGCGGUCUAUAACUCAAUUGCUUAUCAGUUUAAAGAUAGUUGUUUUCUUGCAAACGUUAGAGAAACUUCUAAGCAAGAAUGUGGUCUAGUCCAAUUGCAAGAGACACUUCUUUCUGAGAUCCUAUGCAACUCAAUUUUGAAGGUUGGCACUAUUGAUCGAGGAAUCAAUGUCAUAAAGGAAAGGCUUCGUUGUAGAAAGGUUCUUUUAGUUCUUGAUGAUGUGGAUCAGUUGGUCCAAUUAGAAACAUUAUCUGGAGAAAAUAAUUGGUUUGGUUUAGGAAGUAGAAUCAUUAUAACAACAAGAGAUGAACACUUACUAAUUAAGCAUAAAGUUGAUUUAAGACACAAAAUGAAUGAAUUGGAUCACAAUGAAGCUCUCCAGCUCUUUAGUCAACACGCCUUCCAAAGUGACAAACCUAAUGAUGAUUUUGUGGAACUCACAGAACAUGCAUUACGUUAUGCUGGAGGCCUCCCAUUAGCUUUAACAGUGCUAGGUUCUGAUCUAUAUGGUAAAGAUAUACAGUAUUGGAAAAGUGCAUUGGAAAAGUACAAAAGAAUUCCUGAGAAAAAUAUUUCAGAAAAACUUAAAAUAAGUUAUGAUGGAUUAGUGGAAAGUGAGCAGAAUAUUUUCCUUGACAUUGCGUGUUUCUUCAAAGGGAAGGAUGCAAAAUAUGUCACCAACAUACUCAACAGUUGUGGUUUCUCUCCAGAUAUUGGUAUUAAAGUGCUUAUGGAUAAGUCUCUCAUAACUAUUGAUGAGUCUAAUAGAUUGCUCAUGCAUGACUUGUUGCAAGACAUGGGCAGAGAAAUUGUUCAUCAAGAAUCACCCAAAGAGCCUGGCAAACGCAGUAGGUUGUGGUUUCAUGAAGACGUUCGUUAUGUACUAGAAGAAAAUAUGAAUUUACAAAACAUGAGGAUUAUGGCACUCACCAAGUGCAAUUUCUUGACAAAAAUACCUAAUGUUUCAGAGAUUCCAAAUUUAGAAGAGUUUACUCUUUCUGAAUGUAACAAUUUAGUUGAGGUUCAUGACUCUCUCGGAUUCCUUGAUAAGCUUUCUUAUUUGGCAGUUCGCUUAUGCUCUAACCUUAUCAAUUUGCCAAGAAGCCUCAAAUUGAGAUCUCUAGAAAUGCUUUUCCUUGAGGGAUGCUCAAGUCUUCAGAAGUUUCCUGAAAUUGAGAUUAAAAUGGAAUGCUUAAGGGACAUUACAUUAAAUAACACAGCCAUAAAAGAAUUGCCUUCAUCCAUUGGAUAUCUGACUGGACUUCGCCAAUUAUAUCUAAGAGAUUGUAAAAACCUUAUGCGUCUUCCAAGUAGCAUUAUUCAAUUGCAACAUCUAGAGAUUCUCUCUCUCGCAAAUUGUUCGGAACAUGUUGAGCUUCCAACAAAGAUCAAGGAUGAAAGACAGUCCAUGCCCUCAUAUGUGUCUGUGAAGGGAUCUGAAAUUUCAUCAAGUACAGAAUUAUUAUCAUUGCCACUUCCAACAAAUUCAAGCAUAUUAAAUGAUGGUUGCUCCUCAAUAGGGUUUCCGGCACUGACACAUUUGGAUCUUGAAGAUUGUCAUAUAUCAAAAUCAGAUUUUCUUGCGACACUUAAUUGUUCUUCCACUUUAGAACAUUUAUUUCUAUCAAGGAGUGAUAUUAUUUGUCUUCCUGCUUGCAUCAGAAGUCUUGUUGGAUUGAAGUCCCUUCGAUUGGAAGAUUGCAAGCAGCUUCAAGAAAUUUUAGAACUUCCACCAAAUAUAGAAGAUAUAGAUGCUAGUGGAUGUGUUUCAUUGGAAAAUUUUCCUGAAGUAUCAAAAAUAUAUCAAUUCAAUACAAGCAAGUUACAAGCUUUAGAAUGGAUUGACUUGUCCAGAUGCUACAAAAUGCUUGUGAAUAUGGGGAACCAAGUAGCAAAUCCUUCAUGGGAUGAGGGACAUCUUAAGGACCACGUUGGUGGCAUUAUAUUUCCGGGAAAUAAGAUUCCAAACUGGUUCAACUAUUGUAACGAGACUUCAAAUAGUAAGUCAUGUGAAAUAGACAUUACUGGGCACCUGCAUUUGAAUGAGAUUAAAGGAAUUGUUGUUUGUGUUGUUAUGGGAACCAAACCUCUAAUCUCCUCAGAAGACCCCACUACUUAUAUCCGUGUUAACAUCAUUAAUGAAGGCGUCUCAACUCUUAUUGGAGACAGAGGACUUAAUUUCAUAGGCUCAGAUCAUGUAUGGUUGGAGUACUUCGUUUUAGAAUCUUCUGAAUUAAAGGGAGACAAUCUGCGAGUUAAGUUUUAUAGUCCUUCAGAUUCAGUGCUAUUUAAAAGUUGCGGAGCCCAUCUAAUACACAGGCAUGAAGAGAAAGCAAAUGAUCAUCCAGGUGUGCUCCAUGAGGAUAUUAAUUACCAUUUGGAUGUACCCAAUGAAGAAAUUCAAAAUUCAGUAACAUAUGGUAUUCAACUUUCUAAGAGGCGCCGUGACGAUGAAGAUCACAACUUGGAUUCCAAUUGGUUAAUUGCUCGAUAUAGUGGGUUUAGUGGGCUGUUUGCAGCUUUUGGGUUCACUCUUGAUGCUAGUAGUAGUAGUAGAUAUUACUAG